CUUCGGCGAUGUUUAGGUAAAAAUUGGACCCGUCGCUGUUGCAGACAUGGCGCUUUCAAUGGAGACGCAGCUGCAGAGCAUCUUUGAAGAUGUUGUGAAAACAGAGUUGAUAGAAGAAGCUUUUGCUGGGAUGUUUAUGGACUCUCCAGAGGAUGAGAGGACUAAACUAAUCAGCUGUCUUGGAGCUUUUAGACAGUACUGGGGAACCCUGCCACAGGAGUCUCAUGAGCARUGUGUGCAGUGGAUAGUGCGAUUCAUACACAGUCAGCACAGUCCCAAAAGGAUCGCGUUCUUGUACGAUUGUCUAGCAAUGGCUGUGGAGACCAGUUUGUUACAACCCAGGAUGGUUUGUGUAGCUCUGAUAAGUUCCGAUAGUUUGGAGUGGGAAAAGACGCAGCUGUGGGCCUUACUUUUCAAACUGAUUCGCAAGAUCAUCGGUGGCGUGGACUAUAAGGGUGUCCGUGAUCUUCUGAAAGCUGUACUGGAUAAAAUCCAAACUAUUCCCACUACCGUCAGCUCUGCUAUAGUCCAGCAGCUUCUGGCUGCAAGAGAAGUGGUUGAAUAUAUCCUGGACAGAAAUGCGUGCCUCCUGCCAGCCUACUUUGCGGUCACAGAAAUUAGAAAAUUAUAUCCAGAAGGACAGCUCUCACACUGGCUUUUAGGCAGUUUGAUCUCAGACUUUGUGGACAGUUUCAGACCAACAGCCAGAAUCAACUCCAUUUGUGGUCGAUGUAGCUUGUUGCCAGUUGUGAAUAACAGCGGGGCCAUCUGUAACUCCUGGAAACUGGACCCCACAACGCUCCGAUUCCCCCUGAGGGGCAUGCUUCCUUUUGAUAAAGACCUGUUUGAGCCACAGACAGGACUGCUGCGAUAUGUGCUAGAACAGCCAUACUCGAGAGAGAUGGUCUGCAACAUGUUAGGACUCAACAAACAGACUCUGAACAUUGCCCAGCAAAAGCAGCGAUGCCCGGUGCUGGAGGAGCAGCUGGUGGACCUGGUGGUGUACGCCAUGGAGCGCUCUGAGACCGAGGAACACUUUGACGCCGACAUCGGAGGAACGAGCCAGCUGCUGUGGCAGCACCUCUCCUCCCAGCUCAUCUUCUUCGUCUUGUUUCAGUUCGCCAGCUUCCCGCACAUGGUGCUCUCGUUGCACCAGAAGCUUGCAGGUAGAGGCCUUAUUAAAGGGAGGGAUCACCUGAUGUGGGUCCUGCUGCAGUUUAUAUCGGGCAGCAUUCAGAAGAAUGCCCUUGCCGACUUCUUACCGGUCAUGAAGCUUUUUGACCUGCUUUAUCCAGAAAAAGAGUGUAUUCCAGUUCCCGACAUUAACAAGCCUCAGUCGACCCAUUCCUUCGCCAUGACUUGCAUCUGGAUCCACCUGAACCGCAAAGCUCAGAACGACAACUCCAAACUCCAGAUUCCCAUACCGCACUCCCUGAAACUGCACCACGAGUUUCUCCAGCAGUCGCUUCGUACCAAAACCCUGGGCAUGUCUGAUUAUAAGAUCGCCCUGCUGUGUAAUGCCUACAGCACCAACUCUGAGUGCUUCAGCCUGCCUAUGGGGGUCCUGGUCGAGACCAUCUAUGGGAAYGGAACUAUGAGGACCAACUUGCCCGGCACCACCUGUACCGCGUCGGGAUCAGUGACUCCGCUGCCCAUGAACCUGCUGGAUUCUCUCACUGUGCACGCAAAGAUGAGUCUAAUCCACAGCAUCGCCACUCGUGUGAUCAAGUUGGCCCAUGCUAAAUCCAGCCUCGCCUUGGCCCCSGCGCUGGUAGAGACCUACAGCCGACUGCUUGUCUACAUGGAGAUAGAGUCACUGGGCAUCAAAGGAUUUAUCAGCCAGCUGCUGCCCAACGUGUUCAAGUCUCACGCGUGGGGAAUCCUGCACACGUUACUGGAGAUGUUCAGCUACAGGAUGCACCACAUCCAGCCGCACUACAGAGUCCAGCUGCUGAGUCAUCUGCACAGCCUCGCUGCUGUAGCACAGACCAACCAGAACCAGCUGCAUCUGUGUGUUGAGAGCACAGCUCUGCGGCUGAUCACAGCUUUGGGGAGUUCAGAGGUACAACCUCAGUUCACCCGCUUCCUCAACGACCCCAAGACGGUUCUGUCAGCUGAAUCUGAGGAGCUGAACCGAGCCUUGAUCUUAACACUGGCCAGAGCCACACAUGUUACCGAUUUUUUCACAGGGUCUGACUCCAUCCACGGCACCUGGUGUAAGGACAUCCUCCAGACCAUCAUGAACUUUACACCUCAUAACUGGGCCUCACACACUCUGUCCUGCUUCCCUGCUCCACUACAGGCGUUUUUUAAGCAGAACAACGUUCCUCAGGAGUCUCGUUUCAACCUGAAGAAGAACGUAGAGGAGGAGUACAGGAAGUGGAAGUCGAUGGCCAAUGAGAAUGACAUCAUCACGCACUUCUCCAUGCAAGGCUCUCCUCCCCUUUUCCUGUGUCUCCUGUGGAAGAUGCUGUUGGAGUCCGACCACAUAAACCAGAUUGGCUUUAGGGUCUUGGAAGGUAUCGGAGCUCGUGCGCUGGUGGCUCAUGUCCGCACCUUCGCCGACUUCCUCGUCUAUGAGUUUUCAACUUCAGCCGGUGGACAGCAGCUCAAUAAAUGCAUUGAAAUACUCAACGACAUGGUCUGGAAGUACAACAUAGUCACGCUGGACAGACUCAUUUUGUGUUUGGCGAUGCGUAGCCAUGAAGGAAACGAAGCUCAGGUUUGCUACUUCAUCAUCCAGCUGCUGUUGUUGAAGCCAAACGACUUCAGGAACCGAGUCAAUGACUUUGUGAAGGAGAACGCCCCGGAGCACUGGCUGCAGAGCGACUGGCACAGCAAGCACAUGAACUACCACAAGAAAUAUCCAGAGAAGUUAUACUUCGAGGGUCUUGCAGAACAAGUAAGCCCUCCCAUGCAGCUCCAGCAGCAGUACCUGCCAAUCUACUUUGGCAACGUGUGUCUGCGCUUCCUGCCUGUCUUUGAUAUCGUCAUCCACCGCUUCCUGGAGCUUCUUCCUGUCUCCAAGUCUCUGGAAACACUGCUGGACCAUCUGGGAGGAUUGUACAAGUUCCACGACCGCCCGGUGACAUAUCUGUACAACACCCUUCAUUACUACGAACGGCAUCUGAGAGACCGGACCAACCUGAAGAGGAAGCUGGUCCACGCCAUCCUGUCUUCCCUGAAGGACAAUCGUACUCCGGGUUGGUGUCUGAGUGAAACAUAUUUGAAGUGUGGAAUGAACCCAAGAGAGGAUAACGUUUGGAUCCCCGAUGACACCUACUACUGCAAGCUGAUUGGACGCCUUGUAGACACCAUGGCGGGAAAGUCACCCGGUCCCUUCCCCAACUGUGACUGGAGGUUCAACGAGUUCCCCAACCCCGCAGCUCACGCCCUGCACGUCACCUGCGUGGAGCUGAUGGCUCUGUCCGUCCCAGGAAAAGAUGUCGGCAACUCUCUGCUCAAUGUUGUGUUGAAGAGUCAGCCUCUGGUUCCCAGAGAGAACAUCACAGCUUGGAUGAAUGCAACCGGACUCGUGAUUACUGCACUUCCUGAGCCUUAUUGGAUCGUCCUCCACGAUCGCAUCGUGUCUGUGCUCAGCUCUCCAGCGCUGACAUCAGAGACGGAGUGGGGGGAUUAUCCUUUCGCCUUGCUCGACUUCACUGCCUGCCACCAAAGCUACAGCGAAAUGAACUGCAGCUACGUGCUAGCGUUAGCGCACGCCGUCUGGCAUCACUCCUCCAUCGGGCAGCUGUCUCUGAUUCCCAAAUUUCUGUCGGAGACCCUGAAGCCAAUCGUCCAGACGGAGUUCCAGCUCCUCUACGUGUAUCACCUGGUGGGGCCGUUCCUGCAGCGCUUCCAGCAGGAGAGAACGCGCUGCAUGUUGGAGAUUGGUGUGGCUUUCUACGAGAUGCUGCAGGCCGUCGACCAGCACUGCGCACACCUCAGCUACAUGGAUCCAGUGUGUGACUUCCUGUAUCACAUUAAAUACAUGUACACCGGAGACAGCGUGAAGGAGCAGGUGGAGAAAAUCAUCAUGACUCUGCGUCCGGCGAUGAAGCUGCGCCUUCGCUUCAUCACUCACAGCAGCAUGAUCGAGACUUCCACAUCGGCCGGCACCUCCGCGUCCUCCGCCGCCUCCUCUUCCUCCUCCUCGGGCACCCCCCAGCCCCCGCCCUCCUCGCUGCCCUCCUCCAACGCCGCAGCCUCUCCCUCCUCCUCCUCCUCCUCGCAGCACACACACACACCUUUGUAGAUCAUAUGUGAAACGUGGCAACGAUCAUGUCAGGAAACACGUUUCUGUUUAUGAAUCAAUGUGAAGUUUUGGGUUGUUUGGUUGUUUAUCACUCGAAAAGUUAAACAAUUAGUUUAUCUCUAACGAAUAUCAGUGCUCUGAAACAGGAAGUGGACUGUACAGUAUGAAAUGUCUCUCUUGAUCUAAUGUAGAAAAAAGUAGUUUUUCUUGUUCUGUUUUAUUUUGUAGACUUUUUAUAUUGAACAUUUUAUUACUUUAUUAAAGACUGUAAUACAAAAUGUAUUCAAAUGAACUUUACUGAAUGAAUGUUUUGCAGUGUGAAUAUUAAACCUUGUUUUUAAAUGCAUUUUUCUAUUUUUUUUCUUAUUUUCUGUUUUGUUUUGUUCACCAAGUGUAAAAGCCAUGGUUCUCCUGCUGAUCAGAGCUGCCCGUCGGCGAAUCAGGUGUGAACGAACAAAUUUCCUGUCAGUUCAGUUAAUCCUCAGCUGGCUGUCCGAGGAGAAACACCUUUCAGCAGGUGAGAUGUUCUGGCAGGUCAGGUUCCUGUCAAACCUGAUUAUCUUCAGUGUGACAGUGGGACACCAGGAGGGGGAGUCCAUCAGUCACAUUCUUACACUUUUAUUAUUAAAUAUUUUGUACUGGCCUCUCACAGUUAACAGAUUACAAUGUGUAAUUAAAUCAACCACGUCUGUCACUUUU